UUUUUUUUGCAUAACAGCUAACUGGCAUUGUUUUUAUGCCACAUUAUUACAAUAUUCAUUGGCAGGCCGGUGUUAAUUCUUAGAAACAGUUUUUUUGUUUAUUAAAGCAAAGCUGUUCCUGCAUCAUGUCCAUGUCCUCAAAACUAACUUUGGCCGCUUCAUUCAUAGUGUCGGGAGCAAUAAUUGGCUACGUUCACCUUAAACAAACAACUGACAGAGAAAAACUUCACGAGGGAGUUGUUCGAGAUGUGGAAAGACAACAGCGCCGUAAAAUGGAAAACACUUAUGUUCUACAAAAACAGAUUGAUCUGACCAAACAACUAAAACAAUUGCAGCAACAGAGUCAGGAGGGGGACGUAAAUACUGGGCAGUAGCUAAUAUAAACUGUUAAUAAAAAACGUUGGAAAAAAAGAAAAUUAACUAGA